UUACUCCCUGCAACCGCGUGGAAGUUUCCAACCAAUCUCUACUCAAUAGCUUUUUCAUUUCACUCGGCGAACCUUUCUGCCCCACUCAUCUAUGGCCACGCCAUUUAAGUUUUUUCUCUCCAUAUAUAUAUUAUCAUACUUCAUUACCACAAUAAUAUUCAAACGGUAACAAAAAACCAACCAUGGCAGAUCUCCCACCUGGUUUUCGAUUCUACCCGACAGAGGAAGAGCUCGUUGCCUUCUAUCUGCACAACCAGCUCGAGGGACAAAGACACGACACCAGCAGGGUUAUUCCAGUCAUUGAAAUCAAUGGCGUAGAGCCUUGGAACCUCCCAACACUUGCAGGGGAGCGUUGUCGUGGAGACACGGAGCAAUGGUUCUUCUUUUCGCCCAGACAAGAGAGAGAGGAGAGAGGAGGUAGACCCAACAGAACCACCGCAAGUGGGUACUGGAAAGCCACCGGCUCUCCUUGCCACGUUUACUCUUCCGACAACAAAGUCAUCGGGAUGAAGAAAACCAUGGUGUUUUACAAAGGGAAGGCUCCAUCCGGAAGGAAAACCAAAUGGAAGAUGCAUGAGUACAAAGCCAUUCAACACUCUCACCAAUCCAACGCAACCCCUCCCAAGUUGAGGCACGAAUUCAGCUUGUGUCGUGUUUAUGUUAUAUCGGGAAGCUUUAGAUCGUUUGAUCGACGACCACUAGAGAUUGGAAGAGCUGAGUUACGAGUUGACGGUGAUAGAGGUGGUGCUGCUUCAACAAGUGGUCAAGAGAGAGCAGCGGUGGUGGAUGGAUCAAGCUCUCCUGAUACCGGUCACUCUGGUGAUGGUCAUAUCCAUGAGGCUGAAGCUGGAGAAGGGUCAAGUGGUACACAUUGUAAUACAAGCAAUAGGGUUGAGGAACCACUCUGGGAAUGGGAACACUUAAUUGGACAUGAGCCUUAUGUCAAGCAUGCUUGAACAUGGAAAAGCUUCUUAAUUCAGUAACAUGUUUAGAUUCUAAGUUCCCAUGGAUGACAAAUUAAUCAUCUAAAUUUAGAUUGGGUUAACUGAACUUCCUUGGAUAGGUAGUUAGACUUGUUUUUAAGAGUUUUUUUUUGGUUAAAAAUAUAGAAUUUAUUGCCGUAGGGAAGUGUUGAAAAACUUUUGUAAGAUUAACUGUUACUAUUUGUUAUUGAUUGGGAAUAAGAUCCCAACAACAUAUAAGAAGGGAAAGUGACGGAUGUUGUCUUUUUGUUUUA